AUUCUGAUCAGAACAGUCAUAUCCUCUACUACCACGCCACCCAACAUGCCCACUCUCACUGCGCCAAUAUCACAAAACCCUCCAUUUACCAUCUUGGCCUUGGCACUUCUGCAGGGAGCAGACAUCAAGUGGAAUUACGAUGCUAUCGACGUGAAUGAUCUCAAGUAUGACGGUGUGACUGGACUCAACACCGUCCGAGCUGCUCUGGAGACAGGUCUCCCAGGCAAGGAGAUACCUUUGCCCCCUUUACCCACGAUCUUCGAGUCCAACUCCCCUUUCCCGGAUGUUCAAGCUUGUCUCGAUGCUCUUGAUGAUUAUUUGGUAUACCGUACAUACUUCUCUGGCCCGAACUUUGGCUUUGGUGAUGCCAUCAUCUGGGGCACAAUCCGCAGUAACGGUGUUGCCGCCAACUCUGUCAGAAAGCCAGGGAGACCGCAUCUGUCUCGUUGGUACACACAUGUAGAGACUCUCCCGGUACCAAAGCGAGUUCUGGAAGAGUCGAUGGCCGCAAAGGCGGAUGCAGAAAGGUAUAAGAAAGCCAAAAGAAUCGACAGUGUUGAGGUUGUGUUGCCCAACGCGGUGCCGGGAAAGGUGGUUUUGCGAUUUGCUCCCGAGCCGUCCGGGUAUCUGCACAUUGGUCACCUCAAGGCAGCCAUUUUGAAUCGCUUCCUCGCCGAUCAGUACCAAGGCACCUUCAUUCUCCGUUUUGACGACACGAACCCUCUCAAAGAAGAGGGAGAGUUCGAGACCACUAUCAUGGAGGACUUGGCCAUGAUUGAGAUCGCCUAUGACAAAGUCGUGCACACAUCCGAUCACUUCGACGAGAUCAUCAAAUACACUGAGCAGCUUGUUCGUCAAGGUGACAUGUACAUGGAUGACACCGAUGGAGAGACAGUGAAAGAACAGCGCCGAGCUGAGAUCCCUUCAAAGAACCGGGAUGCCUCAGUGGAAGAUAACUUAGCUCGCUUUCGAGAACUCCUUACCGGCAGCGAGGAAGGCCGGAAGUGGUCGGGCAGAGCCAAGAUCGACUACCAGCACAAGAACGGAAGUAUGAGGGAUCCUGUCGUAUUCCGCUAUGUGGAAGGGGCCCAUCACAUUACCGGUACCAAAUACAGAGCAUACCCCACUUAUGACCUGGCUUGUCCGAUUAUCGACCAUCUCGAUGGUGUAACUCAUGCAUUGAGGGCCAAUGAAUAUUACGCAAGACAUGAGCAGUAUCAAUGGUUCCUACAAAAGCUAGGUUUUUCAAAGAUUGAUAUUUUCGACUUCAGCCGUAUUGACUUUGUAUACACCGUACUGUCCAAACGAAAACUAAAAUACCUGGUGGAAAAGGGUAUGGUCAAAGGUUGGGAUGAUCCCCGGUUCCCCACUGUCCGAGGUAUCCGCUCCAGGGGAAUGACAGUAAAGGGGUUGAAAGACUACAUUCUUGGUCAAGGUGCUUCUCAGUCUCAGCUUCAACUGGAGUGGGAUGGUAUCUGGACAGUAAACAAGAAAGUCAUUGAUCCUGUCGCCCCUCGAUAUUGGGCCAUUGCGGAAGAUGGAAUGGUCACUGUAAAAGUCAUCGGUCGAGAUCGCGAGGAUGAAGAAGUGAUAAAAAAACCUCUUCAUAAAAAGAAUCCCGAUGUUGGGGAGAAAGACGUGAUCUUCUCGUCCACUCUCUUGAUGGAACAAGAAGACGUCAAGUCUUUUGCCGAUAAUGAAGAGAUCACCGUUAUGGACUGGGGAAACGCAUAUGUCACCUCCCGAGACCACUCCCCUUCCGGUCUCAUCACGAACCUUACUUUGACCCUUCACCUCGAGGGAGAUUUCAAGAAAACCUCCAAAAAGGUCACUUGGCUCUCUGCUCCCACCAAAAAUCACGCUCUUGUACCUGUGGUUCUAAUAGAAUACGACUAUCUCAUCACCAAAAAACGGAUGGAGGAAGACGAUUCAUUGGACGAGAUCACCAAUCCCAAAACGGAAUACAGAACCAAUGCACUGGCUAGUGCCGAAGUGGCUGAUCUAAGGAAAUGGGAUAUCAUUCAAUUCGAAAGAAAAGGUUUUUAUAUCUGUCAGGGGACGAAGGCCCAGAAUGGGAGGAUGGAAUUCGGGUUUAUACCAGACGGUCGUCUACAGACCAUUUCCCUCAAAGCAACCCCGGCAAAGGAGACUGCGAAACGGUCAGGAGACAAAGCGAACUGGGCCAAACCUGCCCCCAAAGUCAAAGCUAUCGCCGUGGAAGAAGAUUCAGAUACUGAGGUAUCCUCGAGGAGACCGAUGUUUAAAAGUGGAAAGAUCUAUGGAGACGAGCCGAUUAAACCAGAAGAAGGAAGUGUCAAGAUGUACCAUGUUGAUCCUAUCUAUGAUUAGUGGUCGAAUGCAUUGAUUUCUCCCGGCUU